GGACCUCUAGAAUACGGCGAAUCACCAUGGCGUCUGUGUUGAAAGAGACUGCGAGCUUGUAUGAAACAUUGAAAGGCGAGUGGAACAAAAAGAACCCGAAUCUCAACAAAUGUGGUGAAAUCUUGAGCAAGCUUAAGAUAUCCCUGUUGGAGUUGAACUUCUUACCAACUACUGGGACCAAACUAACCAAACAGCAGCUUAUUCUUGCCAGAGAUGUCUUGGAGAUUGGAGCACUAUGGAGCAUUCUGAAGAAAGACAUCCCCUCCUAUGAGCGCUACAUGGCUCAGCUUAAGUGUUAUUACUUUGAUUACAAAGAUGAGUUACCAGAGUCGGCCUACAGGCACCAGUUGCUGGGUCUAAACCUGCUCUUCCUGCUCUCUCAGAACAGAGUAUCUGAAUUCCACACAGAGCUGGAAAGACUGAGUGCAAAAGACAUCCAGACCAAUGUCUACAUCAGACAUCCAGUGUCAUUAGAGCAGUACCUGAUGGAGGGCAGUUACAACAAGGUCUUCCUUGCCAAAGGAAAUAUCCCUGCUGAGAGCUAUACCUUCUUCAUAGACAUUCUUCUUGACACCAUUCGAGAUGAGAUUGCAGGUUGUAUAGAGAAAGCGUAUGAACAGAUCCAAUUCAAUGAGGCUACACGGGUGCUUUUCUUUUCCACUCCGAAAAAGAUGACCGAAUAUGCCAAGAAAAGAGGCUGGACCCAGAGCCCUGAUGGAUACUACUCAUUCAGUACCCAGCAUCAUAAGACAGAGGAAGUAACCAUCCCCUCCUCAGAGCUGGCUCAACAAGUCAUCGAGUAUGCAAGGCAGUUGGAAAUGAUUGUGUAGUGUGGCUAUAGCACCUUUAGAAACAUAAAGGUUCACAUUUGUUUAUCCAAAUAAGACUAUUGUACAGUGUGCUCAAUUUAGACACAGGAUGACAGAACCCCAGUGAAUGGCUCUCAGAGUGAGAGGCCAGAACCGUUUGGCUUACAUGUAACCAUUUUCUACUUUCUCAUGCCUGUAAAAGAUUCUGUUCAGCUAUUAGGGUUUGAAGAUAUUCUGUUGGUGUGUCUUCUGAGUUUUCAGGACAAUUUUUUGAAAUAAACAUUUACAUUUCUUUUUUGGGUUUC